AUGGCAAUCCGUGAGCUCACAUCAGAGCAGGCUGAGGGCUCCGAGUCUUCGCUGACAAUGCCUCCUUCCGGCCUGCCCUCUGCCAACCCGACAUCCUCCUACUGGCUGAGCGAGCCCUCGCCGAUCUUGCUGGGACAUCGCACGACGGAGGAGCUACCAGUCGAGACAGAUGUCGUUGUUGUCGGUAGUGGCAUCACGGGAGUGUUCGCGACGUUGUUCUUGUUGGAGAAAAACAGGUUGGGUGGGACCAUCAAAGGGGAAAGCUUGGAGAAGGUGGUCCUGCUUGAGGCAAGGGAGGUUUGCUCUGGGGCCACUGGAAGGAAUGGAGGUCAUUGCCAGCCUCUGGUCUACGGAUCUGCUCCGGCCGUGGCGGCAUUUGAGUUGGAGGUGUUCAAGUUCAUGGAGAGUUUGGUUAAGGAGGAGAAUAUCCCUUGUGACUGGGUGAGCCUCACGGGCGUCCAUGCCUUCUAUUCCGAGAACAUGUUCGAGCUCGCUGCUGCGAGCGUUGAUCAACUCCAGCAAACUCACCCGGAGUUGGCUGCCCAAAUGGAGGUCGUCAGGCCCUCUUCAUCUUCAAAUCAAGGAGACACCCUUGCUUCACUCCGCGUGCCUACUGCCAAGGGUGCCAUUGUCCAGAAAAAGGCAGCUUCUCUAUGGCCAUAUAAGCUCGUUACCCAAAUUGUCGAGCGUCUGCUAGCCAAGUAUCCACCACCAACCUUUAACCUUCAGACCAACACUCCUGUCACCCAGCUCACCCGUCAUGAGUCGGGAAACCGUUGGGUUGCGAUUACUCCGAGGGGAUCCAUCACCGCACGGCAUGUUCUUCUUGCUACCAAUGGUUAUACUUCCCACCUGCUGCCUGCUUUCGCGGAUUUAAUCGUUCCUGUGAGAGGACAAGUCGGCGCGUUGCUACCCCCGAGACCGAAGGUUGAUGCUGGAGAAGGGAGCCCAGCCAAGCUGAACCACUCGUAUGUAUUCGCUGCUGACCCGGAGAUCGAGACUGGUGCAACUGCGCCGAGAGAUGACUACCUUGUCCAACGCCCAAUGCCGACGGGGGAGCUGAUCUACGGUGGAGGAAGAAGAUUCGCGCGAAGCUUGGGGGUCGGCGAAUGGAGGGACGAUGAGCUGGAGCCUCAGGUGGCAGAGUAUCUGCGGAAGAGCUUGGCGCCAGUACUGGAUUUGACCCCCUCCUCUGCCAAUAGUGAUGAAAAAACACCCACGAGGGAGCUGAAUGCUUCCUUUGAGUGGACUGGAGUGAUGGGCUACAGCCGAGACCAGCAUGCGUGGGUUGGGCCCGUUCCAGAGAGCAUGGGCGGUGGUGAAGGGCUUUGGAUCUGUGCUGGGUAUACCGGACACGGCAUGCCAGCAGCGGCACUGUCUGCCCGAGAAGUCGUCAGACAGAUUUUGACAACUAAUGGUGCCGAAAUUGAGGGUGAUGCGAAGGAUGGGGUGAAGUUGCCUCGGGAGUUUAUGGUCAGCGAGAAGAGGAUCAUAGAGGCGAGGACGCUGCCGCCACUUGCGCAAGGAUGGGAGGCGACGAACUUUGCGACGUUAAUCACUAGCACGGGACUGUUGGAUCAGAGGAAGGCAAGCUAA